AUGGGUAUCAAAGGCCUCACCGCGCUCAUCUCCGACGAGGCUCCUGGAGCCAUCAAGGAGAUGGAGAUCAAGACCUAUUUCGGCCGCAAAGUCGCCAUCGACGCCUCCAUGUCUCUCUACCAGUUUCUCAUCGCCGUUCGUCAGAACGAUGGCCAGCAGCUCAUGACCGAGUCCGGCGAAACUACCUCGCACCUCCUCGGCUUCUUCUAUAGAACCCUUCGAAUGAUCGACUAUGGCAUCAAGCCCAUGUAUGUCUUUGACGGCACGCCGCCGGACCUCAAGAAGGAGCUGCUCCAAAAGCGAUUCGGACGUCGUGAAGAGGCGCGUGAGCAGGAGGAGGAGCAGAAGGACGUGGCUGAUGUGGAAAAGAUGGACCAGCUCGCACGAAGACAGGUGCGCCCCACACGCCAGCACAACGAGGAGGUGAGGCAUCUGCUCAAACUCAUGGGGAUCCCGUGCGUCAUUGCACCCUCCGAAGCCGAGGCCCAGUGUGCUGAGCUUGCCCGUGCUGGCAAAGUCUACGCUGCUGGUUCUGAAGAUAUGGACACGCUCACCUUUGGAACCCCAAUCCUGCUCAAGCAUCUCACCGCCUCGGAGCAGAAGAAGCUCCCCGUUCACCACGUCGACCUGCCCAAGGCCUUGGAAGGCCUCCAGAUGUCCAUGCCUCAAUUCAUCGAUCUCUGCAUCCUCCUCGGCUGCGACUAUCUCGAUCCCAUCAAGGGUGUCGGUCCCAAGACAGCGCUCAAGCUCAUCCGCGAGCACAAGACGCUUGAAAACGUCGUCGAGCAUCUCAAAGAAGAGGGCAAGAAAUCCGUCCAGAUUCCCGAACACUGGCCAUUCCAAGAGGCAAGAAAGAUCUUCGAGAACCCAGACGUGCAAAAGGGCAAGGAUCUCGAUCUCAAAUGGGAGGCGCCAGAUGUCGAAGCCAUGGUCAAGUUCUUGUGUCAGGACAAGGGCUUUUCCGAGGACAGGGUGCGCAAGGGUUGCGAGAAGCUGCAAAAGUCGCUGAGCCAGAAGCAACAGGGCAGACUCGAUGGUUUCUUCACCGUCAAACCUGGCUCAACACCACCCAAACGCAAGGCUGAAGACGACAAGAAAGGCGCGAAAAAGAAAGGCAAAAAGUGA